UCCAUUCCUAUGACAACGAAUCACACCGUCGACAAACGGGGGCUUUCGAACACAUAAGCAAAGGCUCCAACCUCAGUUUCAUCUCAAUAUAUUUGUAAGUUGUCCGAGAAACAAUUUGGUAAGUUACAAACGCAUGCGAUCUCCCUUUUUUAAGUGUAAAUUAUUUUUGGAGAUUGUGUUUUCUGUUAGAUUCAGUUAAAAUGAUUUUGUCUUUGUCUCUUUCGACAUUGGGCUUUUAGUUGCCGAUAAACUCAUGAUCAAGCUUUGUUGACAAUUUUAUUCAUCAAGCUAUCAAAAGUUGUUUUCAAUCAAUAUCAGAAAAAACUAGUCAUGUAAGUUAUGACAUAAACCAGCACGAUCAUAUGAUCGGUUGACUCUCUCACCUAAAUGCAUGUGUUAAUGUGAGUGUAUACUUUUUCCAGAAUCAACAUGCAAAGAGUCCAUAGUAGAAGAUCUGAAGGAAGCGAGGCAGAGGUUGAUGGAUUAGGUAAUUUUGCCUCUUGCAGUGUGUUGAAAAAACGUGAAAAUUCAUUUCAACCAGCCAUAUCAAAGUGUGAAGCCUCAAAGUGUCAUCAUUUUUUAAUUUGUUCACAUUGAUUCAGUCAGAUUAUCCAAUCAGAUGCCAGUGAUAUCUACAAGAAACUCUUAUUUAAACAAAAAUAAAACAAAAAAAAAAACGAGUCAACUGUAUAAUAAUAAUUUCAAAUAAGACUUGGUGUUUUUCCUUUGAUUUGUGUGAAAGAAAGGACGUUUAGGGUUUACAGGGCUUAUUACACUAGAUUUUUUAAACUGUCAAAUCACAAGCUAGAUUGGUUUAAAAAUUUUUUUGCAUGAACCAUCCUAUUAUCUUGUUAUUCAAAUCUCAAAAUUUGAGAGAUAAUACUUCUGAUUUGAUACAUGCUUAGGGUGUUACUUGAUGCUUUCUUUUUAUCUCUUGGGAUACAGCUGAACAAGAGCUUGCUAAACUUCAGCGUCAAUAUCGAAUAAUCGAAGGAGACAGAAGGGCUUAUAGUGAAGAGACACAGAAUCAAAUACGAAAACAGACGUAAGUUUGUUCUUUAGAAUGUUGUAUUUGUAUUAUGUGAUUUCCUGUGAUUGAGGUCAAAAAAUCUGCAUAGUGAUACUGAAAUUUUUGUUUAUCCUGAAAAUUAGCAUGACAUCAGUUAUGAACAUAGUUAACAGAUUUUAUUUGGUAAAAUACGCUUUGCACAUCACUACUGAGAAGUACAGUGUAUAGUUAUGGUGUAUGUUGAUCAUUAGCCUUAGUACAAAUUAUUUUAAUGUAUUACUAUCCAAGGGGUAUAACUUUUGGGGCCAGAAAAGUACAGGAGCAAGCUCAAGUUGAGAAUUGGAUAUUAUAACAACGUCAGUAGUAAAGUGUAACAGACCAUAGGACAAAUAUCAUCAGUACAGUUAUGUAAAUGUAAAAUGCUCUAUAUUUUAUGAUGAGAUAAUUAAAUGGAGCUAAAUAAUGGAACCAGUAAAACACUAAAUCUGAAAAAAAAUGCAGUUGUAAAUAUGAGCCUGGAUCACCUUUAGAUGCUCUUGAUUUUGUAAGUAUUCAUAUGGAACAUAUUGCUAUGUGGGGGAUUUAAUUGUACAUAACUUACAUAUUGUGUAAGUCAAAUAACAAUUUUUUGUAGGUAAUAAUACAUUAUACUCUGUAUUCAUGCUCUGUCACAAUACAAGCAAAAUCACUAUCCACCAAGAAGAAAAUCUGUAUCCCACUUGUAACUCCUGCUUUGACUGAAUGUUUAAUGCUCUCAGGUUGCAGAAUGGGAUUUUGUGUUUUUGUCACAUUAGUUUCCUUUACAAUUGAUUUGAUGCUUGCUAAACCCCCUUAUUCAGAGGAUUUUCUAGAAACCUUUGUUGGGUUGGAUAUGGUAUUUCUAGAAGCAAACCUCUUCAAAUGUAUAAACAUUAACAAUAUAAGCUUUAAAACAAAGAGGUUAGAUUAAAUAUGACCAAUGCUUACAACUUUCUCGUCCUGUAAUAGGGAAGCCAUUCAGUCCCUUGAAAAAGAAAAUGAAGAGCUGAUGAAAGAUAAUACUUUAGCAGGAAGUUUGCAGAACCAGAGCCAGGUAAUUCAGCAGCCAUGUUUAAUUUUUCAUUUACUGCACCUAUAAUUUAGAAUAGGGAGUUAAGAGUUUCAGUACUUACCACUUUAAAACCUAAACAGAAUAACUCUUCAUCUGCCAUUUUCCUAGCUGUGUGAAAUUUUAUUAUGGAUGGAGUAAUAGUUUAGGUGAGAACCUCAAACUCAGUUUGGCAGAGGUAUUGUUUAUCCUCUUAUAAGAGACUCAAAUUACUUAUUUCAAUUGCUUUCUUUACACCUAGGAUAGAACAAAUACAGACAAACUAAACAGCCUUUUAAGCCAAGAAGGUAAUUAAAUUGCUGUUUAUUAUUAUGCAGUUUAUUGUGGUGUUUCAAAGGAGAAUUGUGCUCCAUAAGCCAGACAAUUUUUAUCUCUACCUUUCAUCCAUCUCUUGGUGAUCAGUUUGAACAAUUAAGAGCUACACAAAAACUCAAAUAUUUAGUUUUUUGUAACAACUGAUGAAAACAUCAGCUGUUAUAUUUGUCCCACAUUUUGGUUAAUUGUGACCCCUCAAAACAAUGUCAGGCAUAGGUGGCCUGGUUACUGAUUUGUUUUUGAAAUGUUGAUAAUUCCUAAGUUGAGUUAUAAAUGCAUUUUAAGGAGGCUCCACAGGGUUUUUUGACCACACGAGAUCUGAGUGCAAGCGUGAGCUUUAAAAGUGUCAACAUGCAAAACAAACAUGGCAACAAAGAAAAUAAGGAUCUUUUGAGUCAGAUUUAUCUUGUUUCUAUUGGUGGAAUUUCCUAAGAUUUGCUGGACCAUUAAACAUAUUUGUGCCCUCCCUAGUGCUUGUUGAUAAAAAAAUUCAUAAGACCAAAUUUGAGGUAGAGGAAGAAAACACAAAAUUGCAAAUAGCAAGGAAACUACCUUUGUAACCCUUAUUUUUUUUCCGCUUUUAAGUGAUAGGCAGAGCAAAUUUUCAUUAAUUGUGAAAAUUUUGAGAGAUUUAACCAAAGCAAAUUGAAGAAAAUCAAAGGUAAAUUAUCACUGGUGAGUGCUUCCCUUUGAGGAGCCUUAGCUUAAUAACAAAAAUCAUUUUGAUAAUAUAACAGUAAAUGAUAGUCCAAACCUUGCUGAUCGCCCUUUCGAUGGCUUCUAGUGACCUAAAAAAAGCAAAAACAUAAAUAUUAAAAAUAAAAAUUGGUGUGUGUGUGCCAACAUUGAACAAAAACCCCAUGGAGCCUCCCUAAGACACUUUUUUGAAAGUUUGUAUUCAUGAACUUUUUGCAAUAUCAAACAGAGGACUACUCUGACAAUCUGACAUCAGACUACUCGAUAUACUAUUAAUAAUGUUAAUAUAUACGUGAAAUAUUAAAAAAAGAUUGGUUUGAGAAGUAUUUCAAUAAAAGGAAUUUUGUUGUACAUUUUAGAUGAUAUCAAGUUGCAGCUUGAUGAGGUGAAUGAUGACAUAAAGAGACUUGAUGAUCAGGUAAGAAUUGUGUGCACAGGUUGCUAAGUAUAUAACCUAUAUAUGUCAUCUGUUAUGUGAAUUUUGAACAAUAUCUGUCUCCUUGUCAAUUUCAUAAGUCUGACCCUACGUUUUACUUCCUUGAGUGAUUAAACAUUGUGUUUCAACCUGUAGAUACGAGUGAUGGAAAAGAAGACUAAACAGCAAAGAAAAAAUAUGGGAGGGUAAGAUGUAUGAUUUUUGACAAUAAAGAUAACAUUUUUUUACAUUUUUAUGAGUAAACUAGUCCAUAGUUACUGAACAAUCCAAAAGUUGCAGACUGAUUUUUUAUCAUGGAGCUUAUAAAUGUGUUUCUGGAGGUUUUUUUGCUUUUCUAGCUAUUUUUCAGGUACCUCUUGUAUUACCUCUGGUAUCUUGGGCUCCCUUUCAUUACAAAGUGUUUCCUCCUCUCCUCUCCUCCAUCCCCCCUCAAGAUUAAAGGAAGGAAGUAAAGUAAGGUGCCCACUGUGUCCUCUUUGACCCAUUCCUAGAGUAGACCCCGAUUAUCACCUGAUAACAUUUGUUUUUACUUUACUACGUCUGUUUCAGAGGUCCCAAAAAAAGUUUAUUUGCAGAGGUUUUAUAACUUGUUUUUCUAGUGUAAACUCGCUGCCUUUUGCACUUCUUUGAUAUGCUAUACAUCCUAUACAUUCAUCGUCCAGUUCUUUUUCUUUCUCUAUAAAACGUUCAUUAAAUUAAUUUUUUUAUUAGUGUACAUAGCAGCCACCUACAGAAUAAGAGGACCCAAAAGUAUAUCAGAGUUCUUGAAAACAGAUUAGACAAGGUAAAGGUUACUCUCUUUGAAUUUCCUUUUUCGAGUGUCUCGGACAUGGAAGGAAUCGCGCGUUUCUUCAUUAAAAAUGAACAAUCCUUACAUACGAGAGAGAUUGCGAAUCUUUGCUGUGUUUGAGUGUGUCGAUUUCAACUCAUUUUGCUCACAUCCAUAGAGAGUUAUGUUGUACUUCUUCGCCUUUUCUACACAAAUUUUUCAAAUAUUGUAGAGGAAUAUCAAAGGCUGGACCACAGGUAAUUGGCGUUUUUCUAAAAGUUAUUUAAUUUUGAACUUGCGGCGCGCUGACGACCCAGAGGUCGGGGUGAUAUUCUUAGAACAAGUUCUUGACUUUUCUAAACAAUGGCACUGAGCUAUUUUAAUACACUGGCGCUCUGCUUUGACUCAUUUCAUAUCAAUGACCUUAUUGAGCCAAAAAGGUAUUUGGUUCAUUUGGUAAUGUAUGAUCUUGCAGUGCUGAUCAGUUACAGUCACUGCGGGGCACCAUAUUCAUGUAUAUGUUCAUGUAGAGACUGUUCUCUUUCUCUGCAGGCCAAAAUAGACUUUAACAGUUGCUUGUCAGAGAACGGUAAGCUCCGUGAAACAUUUGAUCACAUGCGAGUGGAAAAGAAGACUUUUGACACCAUUCGUCUGAAGCUAGAGAAGGAGUUAACGGAGAAUAAGCAGAAAAUUAUGGAUGGUAUUGAAACAUCCACAGCAGCCUAUGAGGCUCGGUUCGUACCAUGCUCUUCAGACUUUAUAGCAAACCGUAAAUUUAUUUUUGUGGAAUUAUUGAUAGUCCUAAUAAUUAAUUCUUUUCGGACUGAUUCUCAAUCUGAAAGAAAACUUUGCAAAGAUUUAUGGUCCCAUGUAUCCGUUUUCUUUCCAUUUUUUUAUGAUAAUUAGUCAUCUUUUUUUUCUUUUAUUUACAUUUUUUCAGGGCAAUUGAGAAUGCAGUUGUCAUAUUUUUACUUUGUUAAUUUUAUUUUUUGGUGGGUUCAUAGAAAUAGAGAGAGCACGUUUGUUUUCAGAAGUUUCUAAGGGAAGCCAACAGAUUCCUCGCGAUUUCAAACUUACAUAGUUGUGUAACUAUGUUUCAGCUCCACUUCAGGUUCCUCUUCCAUCGUGAUGGGAAAAAUUCUUAGAUUUUCAAGUAAUGAACCACAUCCCCCGGGGACUCUUCACCCUUUAAGUAAGUACACUGAACUAUGUUUAAUUCACACGCCUUGGUCGUAUCUUUGGUAGAGAUGAAGCGCAAGGGAAGAUGAUGGCGCUGAAAGAGAAAGCUGAUAAAGAUCUGGCACAAUACAACACGGAACUAAAGGAGCUUAUGCGUAUCAUUGAGCAUGAUCGCAAGCUGAAAGAUUUCAUGAGGAUUAAAAGCGAAGAGAGAGCUGAAAUGAUGGAAGGCGAAUUGUCAUCUCAGAGGAAGAAAAAAGAUGAAAAGGAAAAAGGCGACAAAGCUGAGGAAACCAUUGAGGUUUGUAGAAUGUCAUGCGUCUCCUAGAUUGACACAAGUCUCUUGUCACUGAUUUUUGUAGUGCUACAAUUCAAGGAGGAAUUUACCAAACAUACCUCUGAGUAACCUUUUUACAGCAGUAAUGUUAGCAGUGUUAGCAAGUCAAAUUCUGAGGACAGAUAGCCGGGGCGUAUAGGAAAAAAAUUGGCGCCACGAGAAUAAUUUUUGAUACCCAAGACAUAACAUAGCUGACAUAGCCAACAAGACUACUCAGUGUUAGCACUGGUGAAAUAUUUUCUAUUCUAUCCAAAGGCAUGCACAGUUGAGCCCAAGAUGUCAUGUAAGUUGAUUGGGUGCAGUGUCUGUUUGCAAUUGUCACUCUUUUUGCGCGUAAACAGUUUGUCGGGAUAUUAAAGAGAUAAGAAUAUAUUCUGGUUCUGUUGAAUGUUUUUUUUUAAUAGUUUCUGUGAUAUAACUGCUUCCUUCAUUUUAGUCAUACGAGUCAGCUUUCCACACCAUCAAAGAAGCCACUGGUAUUGAGGACAUUGAUCAGUUGGUCAAUAAAUUCAUAGAAGUCGAAGACAAAAAUUUUGCCCUCUUCAACUACGUCAACGAACUCAAUAAUGAAAUCGAGCAGCUGCAAGAACAAAUAAACGAGGUAAAGGAAAACGUUUACGUAUAUCGUAAGUGAUAUUAUCAGUUAUUUCUAUUCCUACCCCUUCUCCUCUUCCCCCCACCCCCCCCGUCAUGUAUAGUUCCAGUGGCAACGUUGGCAUUCGUUUUUCAUAAUAAAUCAUCUCGUGUAAAUCGAUAAAGCUGCAGCCCCUAAAAGAUGACUGCUCAUCGAACUUUAUAACCCUGUUAAUUUAUUAAGCUUCUUUCCUUUAUGGAUACAUUGCUUGAUACUGUUGAACACCGGUAACCUCAGGUCUCCAAUCAGAACCCAACUUUAUUAACUGUAACCGCAAAAAUACUCGUUUGGUGCAUGAACAAUUUUGUCACUGGCCAGCAUUAGUUUAAUAUCUUGUUUGAGAUAAGGAAGAGAAAUUCAUGUAUAUGCGCGCUUUUUGUUAUCAUCAGAAUCAAGCAGAAAUUGAGAAGUUCAAAAGUGAGGAAGUGGAGAUGGCUAGCCAAAGGAAAGCCCUUUUGAAGGGUUUAGAGGAUAACUUGUCAUCAUCCACGGAACAAGCUGAUCAAUAUGACACGCAGUUUAAGCAGAGCAAGAAAAUAAUUGAACAACUAAAAUCAGGUAAAUUUCCUAUAAACUAAGGCUCAGUUGAUCUACAACAAUUUUCUGCGGAGAAAAAAAGACCAACCUUUAAGUUCAUUUAACCUGAGUGACAGUCAGCAUUCGAAUGCUUUCAGUUGUUGAAAUUUACCUGUGAUAAAUAAGAUUAUCGCUUAUGAAGUCAGACAAGAGAAGAUGUUCCAAAGACAUAUCGGAAUUGACGACGAAAAGUUCUCGUUAGGACGUACUUUAUACUUUCUUUUAAGUGGACCCGUCUGUGAUGAUUGUUGAAACUAGCCACUAACUUUGAUUAGCCAAUAAUUGUGCUGUAUUCCUCUUAAUUUUCAGGGGUGGACUCUUUAUUUAACAAGAUCAACUGUGACCGAAGCGCCAUAACAGACAUGCUUGGAGGAACAUCUGGAGUUACUGAUGCCAAUAUGAUGCAGGUAGCGAAGGAAUUUGCAGUUUUUUCAUUUUUCAUCGGGCUGAUUUAUACAGAACUAGACAGGUUAAUAAGUUUGCACAAUUUGGGUGUGUACUGUACGUCACCAUAAUGUGUAGGAAAAUGGCCAAAACACAAGUGACAGUUGGUAGUCUUCCCAGUUCGUAGCCUUCGUUUCCAGAUUUUACCUUUUCGGGAUGUUGAAAAUAAAAAUGAAAGGGAAAAAACGUUGCGAAGAAAGUUGAAGUCCUUUUAAGUUUGAUUUACCUACAACAUCUAUUAAAUCUCAUAAAAUUUUGAGAACUCGCUGUUGUUUGGCAAUGUCAAACCUCUUUGUAUUUGUCCAGUAACACAAUAUAUAGUAAUAUGCCCAACUGGUUUACAUGCAUGUGUUACAUGGAAUAUGAAUACUAACUGAAUGUGUCUCUUUCUUUUUCUUCUCUUGUUUCACUGUUCACCUCAAAUCGUUCAGUAAAAGCUUGUCAGAGCGCCUAUCAACUAAAUCUGCCAGGAUGAUACCGCCGUACACAUGUAUUAACUUCCAUUGUUAUUUGAUUUUAGUUCCUUGGGUUAAUCGAACAAAGAACAAAUGAGCUUCUUCAAGUCCAUGGCUUUGUCUCUUCAAAGGUAAACAGUGUACUGCAAAUAAUGUUCACAUGGGGACUCAUAAUUUUUUCUUUGUUCCACGCUCGUGACACGACGAAAAAAAAAUUCUUUCUCAAUGUUCACAUUGUUAUGUACAUAUGUUCUGUUUUGCGAUGGUUGUAAUCGCGCAUGUUUCGUUACUUAUUUUCAAGGAAACUGAUGGUGAUAGUGAGCCCGCCGUGGCAGUAGGUCUUUUAGGUCAGGGGCCUCAGCCAGGAAUGACUUCAGUGGCGAUUGUUCCGCCUACAACUGGUGAUGAUUAUGACUCAGAUGCUUCGUCAGGUUCCGAGGAUGACCAACGACCUCUAACCCAACAAGAACUGAAAUACAAAAUUUUGAAAGGGGUAACUGCUUCUUUAGUUGAUUUUUACGAGUUUGGUCAUUAAUUUCUUAAAGGAAAUGCCGCUAGCUCUUUUCCUGCUGUCGUUUAUGGGACCUAGCAAGUGAUUAAGUAUUCUUCAUAAUGUUAGGUCUUCACAGGGAUCUUCUCGCUAUCAACUCCAUCAACUUAAAAGGUCCCCAUUUUUUUUAUGGAGGACACUUUCGUUCUGUUCAAUUUUGAAAGAAAUCAACGCGAUUUCUGAACGCAAGUGAUAAUAGGGAUAAGCGAUUUUUAUUGAAAAAUUACGUUAUCAAUGUUCUUAUUUCGUACAUCAGAUAACCAAGCGCGAGGCUCAUCCUAAAAAGUCGCAGCAUCCGGGAUCAGCUACUUCUGAAAAAUCUCCAUCCAAGAAAAAGAAAGGACAAAAGUGAUGUUUUACAGCUGCUUGUCAUCAUCUCACCCACACCUCCAUUGACAUGUUCAGAGUAUUAUCGCAGAACCCGUAUCCGUAAACGAUGUUCUUCAGAGAUAAUUUGCGAAAAAUGAGAUGGUGUGCAUCAGCACCAGACACUGUAUAUGCUACCCUCUUCCCCACUCCACCCCCAUUGCCUUUGUAGAUACUUGCCUGUCGUGCAUUGUUUGCCAAUAUUAAAGUAUGAGUUGUUUGUUGUGAUCAUAAUAAAAACGUUCCUUAGACAAGUCAUCAACGUGGGGGAGGUUGUCGUGAGAAAGGAUGCCGCCUUGAUUCGCCACUUUUGGACUCAAACUUUAAUCGACGAUAGGAAAAUUAUUACAGGCAGUACAAAUCUAGCUCUACUUUUGAAAUAGCUAGGUCACACAGUUGUGAUAGCAUCUCAAUGACAAUGAAAUUUGGCAGGUUUUUUUUUUUUAUCUGAGCUUAUAACUAAAAGAAAUAAACCGAAUAACCUAAGUACUACAGUAAGCUACAGUUAAGAGCUCUUUCUAUGAAAGGCCAGCUCACCUCCAAGUACUUUUUCCGCCCUUCGUAUCAAAUUGUCAGUACACUAUUCAUAGUGGGAAUCGAUAUACAUUCUAUAGAUGAAAAAACAAUGUGAUAUUUCAUACAUGGCAUGGUUCAUAGAGCUCUUUGAGAUGAGAAACACGUUACAAAGAUAAUUUACGAUUCAAAUCUUUUUUAUUCUUCACAUAAAUAUUGAUAAACAGUUUCAGAUGGAAUGUUAGCUACCUCGCAUUGGUCGACCUGGUUGAGUGAAGAACGAAGAUUUUGAGGUUUUAAAGAAAGGGUAUUACUCUUUUCUUUGAAAGGCUCUUUUUAUUCAUGUCAAUUUCUCGGUUAUUCACAUAAGCAAUUCUCAGAUCACUUAUUUCAUCACGAUCCUGAAACAUUUCGCCCUAAGAAGGGUAACGUGAAGAAUUCCUUGGUGAACUUGAACAUCGGAUCAUUUAAAUUAUCACUGCAAAUGCCAAUCCAGCUCGUAGGAUGGCACCGGUAACUUAGUUUGGAUAAUGUCGAUCUUAGCAAGUGUUAGCGACAUUCUUUGCAUCAACCAUCAUAAUUAUGUAGAUUUAUUCUGCAAUAUCCUGUCAAGUAGAUUUCCUAAGUAGUACAAAACUUCUAAAGAUUAUUAGCUGUGUUGUGAGGUGUUACAGUUACAAUAAAACUACUGGUUGG